UCUAAACAUUUAUUGGUAAAGCUAUAAAUCUUUUGGUGAAAUAUGAGAUAUAUGUAAAUGUAAUAGAAACAGAGUGGAUAUGAGUUGUUUCUCAACUUUGAUUUCUAUCUUUCAAAUGUAACAACUGGAUAACAUCAAUGCACAACCUCCUGUCAUUCAUGUUGUGUAUUGUGGGGACUUAGCCAGAUACAUUGUUCAAAAUCUCCAUCUUUUUUUUCCUUCUCUGGCCUCACUCUCCCACCCACAUGCUCUCCUCUCUCUUCCUCUCUCUAAGGGCCAAAUUUUCCUAGCCUAUAUAAUUUGACUCUUUCAACAUUCUCUCAAACUCAACCUUCAAGCAAAGAAAAACACAAGACUUGUUAUUACAGAACAACAAAGUAAGAUAUUCGGCUAUGGAGUUAGAGCUUGAUGAUGAUGUAUUCUUUGCAGACAUAAGUAAACAGAUCUCUCUUCUCAUCAUGGAUGAUGAUGAACAGCUAAAACAUGUUUCCCUCUCUUCCUCCUCCCCCUCUCUCUCAUUCCAGGGUAUCUUUAGAGUAGGCUACCAAACGGCUCCGUAUAUGUAUCAUCAGGAGCAGAGCAAAGGGACUGGUGUGUUCAUCCCUAAAUGUUCUCAGUCCAGAAGAAGACCUCGUCAUCCCAAACAAGGUAGGUUUAGUUCCUUCAACGCCAAGCAACAUCACUCUUUUCAUCAAAACAGACAACAUUAUCAGCAGAAUCAUGACUACUUAAAGAGAAGUAACCUCACUACUCACACCAACAAUAACAACAAGAGCAGCAUGAUCACUGGUAAUGUUCAUGCUUCUAUCCCAAGAAGAACCUACAGAGAUGCAGCAUUUAUCUACACUUGAUUAAAUUUUAACAAAUAUUCUGCAAGAUUCAUGGUUUUUGUGUGAUUAAUUCAUAUAAUUAUAUAUAAGUUUUAUAGAUUCAUGAUAUUUAUUUGUCUGUAAAUCAGCAAAGAAUAAGGAUUCUUCUAUAAGGAAGGUCUUGGAGAUUUGUUCCAAGUUUUGUUCUUGAUUUAAUGUAACUCUCUCUCUUGGUCACUGGCUUUUCCAUUUGUAAAGUAUUUUUUAAGGAUUAAAUUAAAAUCAGUUUGUGAAA